UUCCAUCUGUUGUUGCAUUCAUGUAAUGCUCCGAUUCGAGUAGGUACGAUGACUCUUGAGCUCGACGUCUUGCCAAGAGCCAAUCUUGGUUGCAAACCAGUGUUUCAAGAGAUUCAGCGCUAAGACAACUUCGAAAGUCGGUUAGAAUGUUGCCGCUAGCACUGAAUUCUCGUUCAACUGCUACGGUUGAUACCGGAACGGAUAACACUUGUCUUGCUAGCAUGCCGAGACAUGGGAACAUGUGUUCGUUCCGCUUCCACCAUCCGAGCACAUCAAAAUCCACGUCGUCGUCGUCGUAAUCGCAUGGCACACCCUGUCUUCCCUGGCUCCUCGAUGGAGUUAGUGGUCCACAUCGCCCCUUCUUCUACUCCGUAUGUUUGUUAGGGUUUUUCUGAUUCUGAUGACAUACAUAAAAUACCAACAAAUAAACUAUCCACAUUUCCCUUAGACAACUCUGGGAACACUCCCCGCUCUAAAAGGCGCAAUGGCUACUUCAAAAUCCCCUUCUGCCUCAGAAAAAGAGCAGUUAUAUGUGAUGGCCGAGAGAGAGAUGGAGUACAGGGUAGAGUUGUUCAACAAGCUGACCCAUACAUGUUUCAAAAAAUACAAAGAAUCUGAGUUGAACAUGGGUGAAAAUAGUUGUAUUGACCGAUGUGUUUCCAAAUACUGGCAGGUGAACAGUCUGGUAGGAGGACUUCUGGGUGGUGGUCGGCCUAUGUAAUUGUUGAUUUUACAAAAACAUGUUCUCAUGAUCUCUUUCACGGAUGAUGAAAGAAAGAGGACAAGUACAACUACCUUUUCGUCCAAUGCAUUUACGUUUAUGGGAAACUACCCCCUUUUUGUAUUAUCUUUUGAAAACCUCUUGACAUUCUCUUGUUUCGUCUGCAUCUCUAGUAACAACAAAAUGCGGCAUACCGAGUAUAAUGGUUGAUUUGUAAAGCACUUCUCCAUCUUGAAUUUAGUUUGUUUAUUUCUCUUCUUUGGCUGUACACAAUUAAACGUUCACACACCUU